AUGGCUACAGUCUGUGCAAGACCAGCGCUAGUGGGUCCACGAGCAUCGGGUUCGCAGCAGAGCAUCAAUACCUCGUCUCGAGGAAAGCCAUCCGCUGUACCAAACAAGCAUCUUCCUGACACAUGUUCUCCUGGUCCCACUCCAACCAAGCUGCAGAAGCAGCAGCAGCAGCAGCAGCAGCUCGAAACUCCGCCAGAGUCGCCCGAAGCGCCUGGGAACAACCAAGUCAUCGACACACCUUCUCUGCUGUUCGAAGCCGACAUAUACCCUAAAGUCAGCGACAACCCACCUGUCUAUGCAUUGACUGCUAAAGAGCUCCACGAAGCAUUGGAACACACUGCGACGCGCCCUUUGCCAGACACUAAGACUGUCUUCCCUUGGCUCCAUGGCCUACACCCCGACAACAACAUUCAGUUGACUUACUUUUCGGCGCGCAACAAGAAGCAUUAUCGACGGGCCCCUCGCACAUUGCGCGGCAUAACUGUCGUCAAGGCAGGAGGCGAUCUCAGUCACUCUAAGCUUAGGGGUGCCAUUGCGCCUGAUGAGCUACUGCUUGCGACCAAGAAUGGCGAGCAAAUCUCGACUUUCCUCGAUGUCGACCCUAGAGAUGGCUUCUCCAUCCGUAACUUCCAGAUUCAAGCAGUCAAGAUGGCUACUAUGAGCGACAUCGUCAUUUAUGCCGACGACAAGACGUCGAAGACGGCGCUCAACAAGUUGGCGUCCCUGAUUGCUAGAGCCCAAAAAGUCUGGAAGGAGAAAGACAGAGACAAUGACGCUGAAGUCCCACAGUUCCACACAUAUGUAGUGAAUGAUUCGUUCGCAAAAUUACAAGCCGAGCACCCUGAAAUUGUGGCUAUCGAUGCCAAAGGCAACAUGACUGGUGCGGUCAUGGACUUCUUCUUCUCGGAGCGAUAUGAGAUGCACACCAUGUCUUCGGCGACUGAGAUAGCGAACAACGUAUGGCUCGGCCCUACACCUGACCCUUCUCUGACAAUGCCAUCUGAUCCAGACGCCGCACUGCCGUCCGCAGCGCAAGCUUAUGAUCUCUUUGUGGAAGCGACUGAUCCAGCGCAACUACCAGACAAGAAAGCCUUCCAGCUGAUGGAAAGUCUCUUGUCGAAUCCGAAAAUCUCGAACAAUGCAAUUCCUCAAUUAGAGUUCCCAGGUUCUGGCUCGAUUAUGCCUCCAACGUGGUCUCAGGCCGAAGUAGAUGCUUUGAUGGACACAGUAGCGUGGCUCUAUAAGCAAGCAAACCCGGAUUACGAAGAGCCAAUCCAACGCAAGGAUAGUCAGCAAAUGACCCCACCCAAAUACCGAGAUGUUGAUGGUGAUAUUGGCAUGAUUGAUCUCGAUCUUGGCGUUAGUCGUGAAGGCAGAAAAGUUCUCAUCCACUGCACAGAUGGGUAUACUGAGACGUCUUUGUUGGCACUCGCCUACUACAUGUACGCCAACUGUGCGACGGUAGACAGGGCUUACGUGGAGCUCCACACCAAGCAUCAGCGCAAUCUCUUCUCGUACCCCACUGAUGUCGCUCUUCUGAGUUCGAUCCAGCCCAGAAUUCUGCAAGCAUCCCCUAAUUCGAACAAUUCCAUGGCAGCGCUGUGCCAACCGACCCCUCGAUGGCUCGGCAAGAUGGACGGCUCUCUUCCUUCCAGAAUCAUGAAUUACAUGUAUCUCGGAAAUCUUGGCCAUGCAAACAACCCAGACUUGUUGCGUGAGCUCAAUAUUGGACAAAUCCUCAGUGUUGGCGAAACGAUAAGCUGGACCGGUGAUGAGACCAAGAAGUGGAAAGAUGACGCUCGCACGAAAGACAGCAUUCUCUAUGUCGAUGGUGUCCAGGACAAUGGUGUGGAUCCGCUUACAUCGUCCUUCUCCAGGUGCUUAGAGUUUAUUAGGAAGGGAAGAGAGGCUGGUGUUGCCACUCUUGUCCACUGCAGAGUAGGUGUAUCCAGAUCUGCAACAAUUUGCAUUGCAGAGGUGAUGAAUGAGCUCGGCCUUUCACUUCCUCGCGCAUAUUGUUUCGUACGAGCUCGCCGGUUGAAUGUCAUCAUCCAACCUCAUUUGCGGUUCACGUACGAACUGCUGAAGUGGGAGGAAUACCAGUGUUCCAAGCGCGGUAAACCAGUCCGCAGAGAACUCGAAUGGGGCACGAUAGCCCGCGAAAUCGCAGCCAUGAACCGACCAUAUUCGCGGCAGUAG